AUGGAAAAUCAACUAUUCGGAAGAUCAACAUCUUUAAGUCUUGAUAAGAUUGUUAAUCGGGUUUCAAGUAUAAGUCUUUAUGAUAUUAAAUCUAUAUUUCGUAAGGCACAGAAUGUGGUUAUGAAUUAUAAUGAAAUUGAAGUUAAGGUUCGAGAAGCAACUAAUAAUGAACCAUGGGGUGCUAGUACUACGUUGAUGCAAGAAAUUGCAGUUGGAACUUAUAAUUAUACAGCUUUUAAUGAAAUUAUGAGAUUUACAGAAAAGUCGGCAAGAGAAUGGAGACAAAUAUAUAAGGCUCUUCAAUUGUUAGAAUUUCUUGUAAAACAUGGAUCAGAAAGAGUAAUUGAUGAUGCACGAUCUCAUAUUUCAAUUAUUAAAGUUCUUCGAAAUUUUCAUUAUAUUGAUAACAAGGGAAAGGAUCGAGGGAUUAAUGUUUCUAAUAGAGCAAAAGACCUAAUUCAAUUACUUUUGGAUAAUGAUCUUUUAAAACAAGAGAGAAAAAAGGCAAAAAUUAAUAAAGAAAGAUAUAUAGGAGUUAGUUCAGAUGAUAAUAAAUGUAAUAAAUAUGAAGGUUUUGGAAGAUCUAAAUCUGUUUAUACAGAAUACAAUGAUGAAACAUUUUAUGUAGAUCAAAGAUUUAAUAAUGAAACGAAAACGGAGAAUUAUAAUGCUAUGGAUCAUUCUAUCUGUAAAGCGUCUAUAUCUACUUUUGAAGAAUAUAAUGAAUUUGAUGAUGAACCACGAUAUAAAUCAUGUUUGCAACAAAAAAAUAAUCAAAGCCAUAUAAAUUCAAAAGUGUCGACUAUUGAUAGUAAAAAUACCGUAAAUACGUUUACAGAUUUACUUCCUUUUGUGAAUGAUUCUUUUAAUUCUAAUGGAAUUGAACCACGUAGAUAUCUAAGUUUUAAAGCACCUAAUGAGUCAUUAAAUUCCAGUAAUGAUGAUAAGUUUGAUGAAUUCCAAAGCGCUUCACUUCCUUUUGAAUACAAAAGCAUAAAUUCUGAACAAAACAAUAGUUUAUUAUUCUCUAGUCAAAUGUCUAAUGAUUCAUCAUUAACUAAAAGAUCUGCUAUUCAAUCAAAUCAAACAGGAGAUCAUUCAUUAGAUAUUUGUUCCUUGAUUUUACAAUCUAAAGAUGAUAGUUCAAUAUAUAGUUUUGAUAAAAAAAAAAAUACUGAGCAGCAACAAAAAAACGUUAUUGAAUUUAGUUCUUCAAAGUCUUUAAAUACACGACCAGAUGAUGCAUUUAGUAAUAUAUGGACAGCAGCUCUUAAAGAUAUUAAUAAAUCUUCUACUGCGGAGAUUAAAUCUAUUACAAAUGAAACUGAAUCCUUUAUUGUUGCAUCUUCUCAUAAUGAUAAUAUUCUUUAA